GCAUUUUGAAAGGAGCAACACAACACUCUCAUGAAUAGCUGAUGAUGGAGAAAAGGCCCAUGAAGAAAUUAUAAAAGGUCAGUUACAGUUAAACCCUGCUCCCCUGCAUCAUGUGGUUUCCUGCGCUACUGCUCACAGCUCUGCUACUCCUAUACAGAUGGUACAGACAGAGCCAGAUAAUGCAAAAUCUGUCUGAAAAAUAUGUUCUGAUCACUGGGUGUGACACUGGCUUUGGGAACCUAGCAGCAAAACAACUAGACCAGCGUGGUCUGAGGGUGCUGGCUGCUUGUCUGACUGAGAAAGGUGCUGAGGAGCUGAAGAAGGAAACCUCCAGCAGACUGCAGACUGUGGUCCUUGAUGUCACUGACAGUCAGAGUGUGAGCUCUGUCGCUAAGUGGGUCACUAGCACUGUUGGAGAAGCAGGGCUUUGGGGCUUAGUGAAUAAUGCUGGGAUUGGAACUCACAUUGCCCCAAAUGAAUGGCUGACAAAGGAUGACUUUGCUCGGAUACUGAAUGUGAAUUUGGUAGGAGCAGUUGACAUAACACUAAACUUGUUACCUCUUGUAAGAAAAGCCAAAGGACGCAUUGUUAAUAUGUCCAGUGUCAUGGGGAGAUUAGCUUUCACAGGAGGUGGAUACAGUAUCUCCAAGCAUGGGGUGGAGGCAUUUUCGGAUUCUUUGAGGCGUGAAUUACGUCCCUUUGGUGUCAGAAUCUCCAUUAUUGAACCCAGCUCUUAUAGAACUCCAGCCACAGAUCCAAAGUCCACACUGCAAAAUAUUUAUGAAAUCUGGAGCAGAGUCCCAAGAAAUAUCAAGGACAGUUAUGGAGAGCAGUAUUUCAGGGACUAUUACAAAAUGAUCCAAAGCAAAGUGUCUAAUUGCAACCCUAACCUGACUCAGGUCACAGACUGUAUGGAGCAUGCCCUUACUGCUGUGUCUCCGUGGACUCGUUAUUCUGCAGGCUGGAAAACCAAACUUUUCUUUCUUCCUAUUUCUUACCUCCCAGCUGUUAUAUCUGACUAUCUGCUGACACGUUCUUUUCCCAAGCCCCCAUUAUCAGCCUCUUAAAUUAUUAGUAAUCCAUAGGUAUAGACUAUACACCCCUAAAAUGCUAAGUAGUAUUUCCUUUCUCUUGGGAUCCAAUUGCUUUAUUUUUUAACUUUACUUUACAGAAAUAAAACUUUAAUGAAAACAAAA